AACAUGCCAAACAAUUGCAACAACUUUAUUCGUGUCUUAAAUUUUUCAAUUGAUUUUAUCGAAAAAACAAUGAAUAAAUGAAAUUUUCAGCGGAAAAGGUGAUGUCACAAUCUUCUAAAAGUGGCAAUCAGGCCACAUCAUUCGCAUCUUUAUCAGAUAUAUUGGCAAAUUCAUCAUCAACUAAACGUACAACACGGAGUAGUAUUCGGGCAUCUGCGGCGGCUGCUUCUGCUUCUGGUACAUCCUUAUUACCGACACUCGAAGAUUUGAAACAAAAACUUGAAGGAAGCCAUGAUGAUACUUGUACAAAAUUGAAUCUUUCUCGUGCAUUCGGGGGUCUACCAUCGUCAUUUCGUUUUGAAUCGACGAAUUUGAAUAAUCACGAUGAACAAUCAUCAUUACUGGAAUCGACAUCCAAUAAUCAUCAAGAAUUGAAUAAUAUCAAUAAUAAUUUAAAUGUUGGACGACAAAAACGGCAACAGUUUAAACGUGAACAACGAGGGUCUCAAAAUGUUAUCAAAACAGAAACUAGCAUUGGCGCAAAUGUUUACGAUGAUACACAACGUGAAAUCGCUCAUAUAAUCAAGAAGAUUGAAUUGAAUAAACAUCUUAAUUUUAAGGAUAAUGAUUCAGAUGAUAAAGAUCAAAUUAAACUACUGCCUGAAUUCAAUCUCAUACAAUUACCGGCUGAUUUCAAUCUUGAACAUGGCCAGAUAAACGUUUAUCAAUCGGGAAUCAUUGAAAUCAUAAGCGGUGAUCAACCGCCAGUUAAAUUUCGAAUGCGUCGUGCUGCGAAACGAAUCGAUGAAUCAUUAACAACGGAUUUAAUUUUAACUACGGAAAAUCAAGCCAUUAUUGAACGAAUGAAUGUUUGUGUGCCGGAAACGGUCCCAAAUAAAUCACCAAAUUCUUGAUGGCAAUUUUUGUUUUUGUUUUUUUCAUUUGGAUCCAUUGUCUAUGAACGGUACUCACGUGU